CGCGCGCAGUCUCCACUAUUGUUCACUCGAGCAUUUCUCUCACGUGGGAACCAUUGACUUUUUCGUGCUUUACCAGAACGCUUAUAGCUCCGCAACUCCGGGAGCGUUAACACGUUAAAAGUCGAUUAUGGGUGAACGUUAUAGUGUGGUGUGAUAUGAAAACUGGAGUGCAGUAUUGUAACAUUGGAUCCGUCAUUGUUGAAUAUAUUUGAGUGAUGAUCAAACAGACAAAGUGAUUACUAUAUAUCUCUAUUAGAUAAUCGGAGAUGAUGGCGGUCGCGCCGGUAGUUCCAGUUCUAUUUAUUGCCAUACUAGCGAAAUGUCAAUGUGAACCAACGAAUUUAUACAACUAUAAUAAUAAUGGUAAAGCUGCAUCACAGUUUGGAAACAUAUUGAAGCCGCCGCCGCUGCUGCCAGUGCCAUUCCACGGGGUAACGGGGAUAAUACGCCAGAAUAAUGACUUUGGAUAUCAGUAUCAGUCCCCUCCGCCACAAGUACCGCCAGCGCCACCUAUCGUACCAGCGACGGAUUUUAAAUUCCCUGCGCCAUUUUACAAGCAGUACAAUUUUAACUUUGUACCAGCACCUCAGCCAUUCACGACAACACCGUCGCCAAACUUGUUUCAAAAAGUUUCUAGCUGGCUUUUUCCUUCACAACAGACAUCAUCCGAAAUAGAACCACAAAUAAAUUACCAUUAUAACAUACCACCUUUAAAAAAAGACUGUAAUCCGUGCAACUUAGUGCCAUGGAUCCCAGUUAUAAGAUAUGACUUAGCACCCGAUGGCGGACGUCAAAGUAAUAAUCCUACUUACGGACCACCGAGCCCAACAGCCAAAGCUAAUGCUUAUUCAGGGCAAAACAUACCAGUACCCUUUAACACACAAAAUAAUAACCUAGGUAAUAAACAAGGUCAAAUUUCAACUGGUGUACCUCAUACAAGUUAUGGACCACCGAGUUUUUCUCACACUAAUAAUCAAUUUCGAACUUCAAGUUCAACUUACGGUCCUCCAAGUCCCACCUAUACUAUAAAUGUUUCAAGUCAAACUCCAUCAACUGCUCCAUAUUCUGAUAUUUCUUCACCACUAAGCACGUCUAUCGGUCCUGGUCCGAAUUUCCAAACACCGAAUUCACAUGAUUUAGUCCAUCAUUCAUCCUCUUUUAUAUAUACAAGUCCUUCAUUAAAUUAUAGAAAUCCAGUACCUACAACAACACACAAACCAGUUUCCACAGGUUAUAAUCCUGAAAUAUUAAAUCAACAUUUGCCGGUACAAAACAAUAUCGAUGAAUUUAGAGAAAUAGAGCCAGCUACAGAAUUUCAACUUCCUAGAGUUACACAUCCCACAGGUUUUAGAAACUCUUAUGGAGAACCUAUUGUUAAUACAUACCUUUUGGACUAUCCAUAUUCUGUGUCAGCUGCUGGUGCUGCAUCCUCUAAGAUAAAGACUGAAGUAUUACCUGAUACAAUUACAAAGACCCAAGGACCGAAUACGACUAUGGCUUUAUCUAACCCUGCACCGUUUAGCCUUAAUAGAGGGAGAAAUAUUCACACAUUACAACCAGUUGCAUUACCUAAUCUCAGCGUGUCACCGUUACCUCCAAUUUUUAAUGCACGACCGUUUCGGACUGUAUCAACGAAAUAUCCUCCAAAUAUUGUUCAAGGUAUAAACCAUUUACAGUCUGGAUCAAACAAAUCUGUAGAAUAUCCCACAACUUUUAUUCAGUCACCGGUUAUCGACAUUGAUCAAAUACGAAAUUUGAAUCAGUCUAAAGCUUAUAGAAAUAUAGCUAAUGGGUAUGAAAUAGAUGAAAUACGGGACAUAUCUCCUCAAGCUUCCGAAGAUCAUAUAUCGGCAGCAAAAUCAAACCAAGACAUGAGUUUUGAAAGUAUUGGGCUUACUAAUGAUUUGUAUGAUGCAGGUGUACCUUUUGACUUAAAACAAUCUUCCAAAGUUCCUUUUAAUCACAAAGUAAGCUUUGCUGAUUUGCGAGGAGUUAAAGAUGAAGAUGUAGACAAAUACCGCACUGAGAGCAAUUUGCAAUACAUUGAUUCACCUCUACUUUAUUUAAAACCCAGCGCGCCACAUAAAAAUUAUAAAAAUUUUGCAUUUUCGAGGACAACUCCAAGUAAAGAAAAUGAAUAUGAAAUAUACGAUGAUUAUCCAACAACUUUAUCACCAACGCAAACAACAUUUUUAAACACUUGGGAUACAAGUAGAGCUCACGAUACUGAAGAUUCGGUUCAUACGACUGCGGAGGAAGAAAAUAAAAAUAAUCCUAAAAUCGUUCAAAUUAUCGUACCGUAUACGAACGGUCAAAGAAUAUAUGAUAACAAUCAUAAUAAAUUUUCAUCCAGUCAGAUUGACGACAGGACAAAUAACGACCAAGAAUAUCAAGCUAGAAAAAUUCAAUCAAAUACCGAGAGCAGUUUUCUUACUGUCGCAACUGAAGGAUAUAGCAACACAGCAACAACCACCGAGACUCCAAUGGCAACUAUCACCGACCAAUAUGACACAGAGCGAAUAAAUACACCAGCUAUUGAUUUUUAUGAUGUUAAAGAACCACCGUUUGACAUUAUAAAAUUACAGCAUACAAUUGAUGACUGGACGGAGCAAGAGUAUUCCAAGCACUAUAGCAUCCCACAAAAAACGCGUUCCAAUGAAAAGUAUGCAAAGCAAAUACCUGACGAAUACUUUACAACGAUCAGUCCUGUUACAAAUUUCGUUACUGAAACUAGUAAUUAUAAUUAUGAUUCAUACGAUCACGAAGGUUCGAGCAGUAUACAAUACACGGUCACUGAAAAUCGAACAAAUUCUUUUCCUAUUAAACGUAAAGAAUAUAAUGUGAUUGAAAUGACAAAAGAUAGUUAUAAUAGUGACAAGAAUCACGUAUCAGAAGGUCCUAAGAAGCUACAUAUUUAUACCGCCGCUUCAACUUUUCGAAGUGCAAAGACCACAACCCCUGCACCUUGGGGACAAAUUCAAACAUCAAUAUCACCCUUGACAAAUGAAAAAGUGUACGUCGUUACAUCUAAACCAUGGCGAGAGAAUAAUAUGACAAAAGAAUAUGAUUAUGGAGGUGAAAAAUUGGAUUUAAAAAAAGAGGAAUAUGAUGACGAUUCUUCUCUAGAUGAUCUAUCAUUUAAGUCGCCCCGAUUUUCUAACAGACCUUCAUACGGAUUUACAGCAGAUUCAAUAGAAUCGAUAAAGCUCGAGUCACCUUAUGGUUAUUCUAAAGGAUGGCACCGAAGAAUAAAUAAUCUCGAGUAUCCCAAUUCUUCAUCAUUCGAAGAAGAUUCCGAUAAGGAAAUUAAGGAGGAAAAAUCUUCAAAAGCUAUUAGUGUUGACGAAUGAGUGUGAAGGACCUUAUCAACUGUAGCAAGACCAAAAAGUGUUUAGUGCUAUAUAUAAAAGACAUUUUUAAUGAAUUAUCACAGAGUGAUAUUAAAUAGUGCUUAGUAAAGUAGUGCAAUUAUAAUAGAUACACGAGCAAAUUAUGAAGUAUACG